UUCUUUAUGAAGUUAGGAAGUGCUCAGCAAAACUUACCGCUGUCUGUGGGUGUCGAUGUGUCUGUCUGCAAGAUGAUCUUCGAUACAGUGGUGUCAUCGUGGCUCAUGAUGAAUUGAUCUAUGCGCAAGUUAUUGUUGAAGCCCGGCUUUAAAUAGCAGCUACGUAAGGUCGUGAAGCACGCAAUGAUACGUCAUGACACAAUAACUUCACGGCAUACGCAGAUCCAUGAUAAAGUCCCUGCAGUCUCUGGCGCCAUCUACUGUAUUUUUAUAUAGCUGACAACUUCCAACACUGUCAAAGCAUCUUCAUGAUUCUGUUGUAUCUUUCAAGCUGUUGUCUAAUGUGGCCAAAUCUUAACUACUAUUACAAUGCAGAUGGAUACAUACGUCCUGUUUUUGGGCUCCAAGAGGGUGACUGUCAGACCAGAAGACCUCACCACGGACAAGAUCAGUGUCAUAUUUCAAGUGCUGAAGAACACGGUGUACUUAACCGAUGACCAUAAUGUUGCCAUCUUCCCCGAACCCGAUGGCCACUUCAUCUCUGUGGACCUGGUGGACCGGGGCCACUACGAGGUACAUGGAGAUGCGUCGGCAGCAGCAGCAGCAGCAGCAGCAGCACCACCACCACCCGCAACAGCAACAGCUGCAGUGGAAGGUGGAGCGAGAUUUUCGUUCCAGCGACCUGUGGCCAGUGCUGUUGCCCGGACAAAGGCAUUUCAGAGGAAUAUUUACAUCGGUGAGGUAGUGGAGGGGAAGCUGGAAUCCAGCAAAACGCUUACAGUGCGUUUUUCUGAGUUUGAGGCGACUGUACCGUCCAUCCUGGCCAAAGUGUCGGAGGCGCUUGGUGACCCAGAGGACAUGGUCCUCACUGAUGGCCAGGGCAACGCCAUUCUGGAUUCGGAAGGCACCAGAGGAUCCAACUACUGGAAGCAGAACUCCAGAAAAAUCUUUGCCAUACCAGAGAGUCAGCUGGGCCAGACUGGCAAAAGGAGGCGCCUAAGUCGUAGAGAAGACAACUACCAGGACGUGCUGACCGACAUUGAGGAGGUAAUCGAGGCAGCCCAGGGCCUGAGGGAGGUCACCAAGACCCUCAAGGAAGCCACGGCCGGGACUGGCAGGACAACACUCCUGUGCCUCCAAGAGGGAGAGGUCAAUGCCCUGAGGACAGUCUUCAGCUGCCUUGUGUGCACAGGUCCUGUGGAAAAAGCCGUGUUUGCAUCUUGCUGCAGGAGCAUCUUAGGAUGCAGGGAGUGCAUCAACAGGUGGGACCAAGGGCACGAUUACUGUCCAAAAUGCAGGUCCCCUGUGGACAGCAGGGUAAUUACUGAGGUGGCGGGUUUUGAUGAGGCCAUGGCCGUGCUGUCAAAGCUUUUUUUAAAAAUAAUAAAACAAUUUUGAUUUCAACACGAUUCA